CAGACGCGUCGAGACGCGUUUCCACGACAAAAGGGCAUGUACUAGUAGUAGAGCGCCUCGUGCACAUCCGGCACCGAUUUGUUCCUCUUCUUCAAGCAAUGUGACAAUACACUACUAACAAAUAUGGAGGAGGACAAUCCCUUCAGCAAGUCCCAGACUGUGCAUCCGGAAGUACGGGCGUACGUCUACAGUCUGGUCAACGCCCUCGGUGGAAGCAGCACUGACGAUGACGGCCGGUAUGUCCUCGGCGACGACGCACUCGCAUGUCUGCGAGAUUUAAAGAGGUGGUUGAAACUUUACGACGAGAAGAACAACAAACUCGACGUGGCCCGAUGUCUAGCGGAAGCCAAACUUGUGGGCGGAGACCUCAUUCCCAUCCUGGCUUCGUGGCCCGAAGAUGGCAAAGAGAACAAAUUGAAGGCCAGAGUGGCGCUGGCGUGCCUGGAGUUACUGGUGCCCCUGACGUGGCCUCUGGAAAAUGGAGGAGAGAUGACCUUGAACCACCACCGACACACGCCCUACAUCCAACAAGCGCAGGUGCUGUACAAGGCUGGGAUCCUCGGAUGCGAGACAAGCCCCAUCCUCCGACAAGUGAUCCGAAUCGGACUGCCUUCCAUCGCCGUGGCCAGAGACGAGAGAACGACUCGCGACGAGGGCAUUCUCAAACUGAUGUUGUAUUUCUUUCGAAAUGUCGCCGUCAUCGACCAGAUCCCCAACCUGCCCAGCCAGGGCUUGGAGAAUGAAGUGUCGAGAUCCGCGACGAUAGAGGCCUUUAGGGACCAGGACGUCUUUGCCUUGUUGCUGACCAUGUGCUCCAACAUGGGAGACGACUUUAACCAUCAGGACGUCAUCAUCCUCGACAUCAUUUUCAAUCUUAUCAAAGGCGUCGACCCAAAACGAUUAUGGAUGACAGAGCAGGAAAGAACGGGCCAAGGGAUAUCGGACCUCAGUGCCGCUCUUGCUCUAGAGGACAGCAUGAAUAAAGACGCGAAACGGAAUCAGUGGACCAGACACGGCCGCUUCGGCACCAUGUUAUGGGUCAAGCGGGAAGGCGAGAAGGUGUCGACCGUAACGGGACAAGACAACCUCAAAAGCGAUCAAAAGGCCUUUUUCAACAUGGACAAAUCCAAAAAAUGGAGUAAGCCGCAACAGAGGCGCAAAGAUAUCGACCACACCAUCCACGACUUCGACCAUACCACGUGGCUCACCAACUCGGCCAGCGAGAAGUUGCGGAAUUUUGUCGAGGAGUUUCUCGAUUCCGGUUUCAACCCGUUUUUCAGUCACUUGCGCAAAGCAAUCCAGCGUGAAGCAGAGCGCUUGCAGGAUAUCAAUUAUCGACAAUUCUUUUAUGCCGUGGCGUGGUUCAUGGAGGCGGAGCGUGUGCGCCGGGAAACGAGGAAGAAAGACAUCAAAUCGGAGAAGAUCCGCGCCGAGUUCGAGGACGAGAGCUACGCACUGGUGGCGGCCGUGCUGAAUCAAGAGACUUUCAUCAUGCUCAAUCGGUACAUGCAGAUCUCUUGGGACAACAAAGAGUGGCAAGACUUGAAUGCCAGCAUGCGGUGUUUCACCCAGAUCCUGUUGACGGUCCAGGAAAUGGCACAGAGUCCUCUGGAGGAGGACCAGGAAAUCGCAGACAACAUCCAAAACAACAUCUUCUACGAGGAGACGACACAUGACCGUAUCGUCGGGAUCUUGAAGAGCUACAAGGACCAGGGCUUCGGCUAUCUUGACGCUUGCACCGAACUGUCGCAUGUCUUCCUGCGCAUGCUCGAACGGUAUUCCAAGGAGAACGCCGACUUGCAGAUUCGGUCACGACGGAGAGCCAGGAGAAAGCGGAAAGAAGCCCAAAGGCAAGCUGCACAGCCUGGAGACGACCCGAUCAUGGACGAUGAUGAGAAAUCCGAAAAUGAAGACAUUGCCGACGUCAUUCAGGUUUCCAAGGAACGCAAGUUUGACUUCAACCGCUUCGCCGCAAAGUUCGCCUCGCAGGCAUCGGUAAACACUUUUGUGUCACUUCUCUCGUUUUAUCGAGAUCUCACUUCUGACCAGCUCAAACGAGCACACCGGUUCUUGUACCGAGUGGCAUUCAAGCAGGACCUUGCGGUGCUGCUUUAUCGUGUGGAUAUUGUCGCGCUAUUGUACAAAAUCGUGAACGGCCCCGAUGGUCUUGACAAGAAGAACCCAAUGUAUAGAGAUUACUCUGAGCUCUCUCGCCAGCUGUUCAAGAAAAUGUUCAAAAAAAUCGAUCAAAGACCCGAGCUGGUGGUCGAGAUGCUUUUCAGCAAGAUCCCGGCAACGCUGUAUUACCUUGAAUUCGGCCAUGAAAAACAGACCAUCGCGGCAAGUCGUCCUCCAGUAGACUUGGAGAUCAGACCAGCGCCGGGCAGGGAUGUCAAGGAGCAGAUCGGCAUCGUUGUGACUGUACUGUUGAAAGACGGAAAGACUGAGCUUGUCAAGUGGGUGAAGGAUGUCCUAGGCAAGGCUUUCGAUGAAAGACAUUCUUGGGAGGCCGAGGCUGAAGUACGAAGGGCGGCCGCACUUGAAGCAGCACAGAAGGACAACGAGUCUACAACGGACGUUGUUGAUAUUGGCCAACCCUCCUACAUCACCGUGCGUCCCACUUCGGACGAUAUCAAGACAGCCAUGUUCAAGAAUGGUCGCCUGCGAUUGUUGAUGCGCCUCGUCGGCUUUGAGAUGCUCGGCGAUGAAGACGUACUUGGGGCCAGCUGGAUCGUGCCUUCAGGUGUCACUUCGGAAAAGCUGGCAGAGUCAAAGCUUGCAAUUGAACGAUACGAGUCAACACCAUGGCAAGGGGAUGAUGAGAACGAAGAUGCCGAGGAUCUGAUCCGACGUGCUAGAAAUAAGGACAAAUCCACCAGAGACAGCGGAGACGACGCAUCGGCACCUCGAGAUGCCUUUAUCGAUGACUCAGAAGGCGAGGAGGAGUUCCUGUUUCCCGACAACCCACGGAAGAAAAGAACGGCCAAGAAUAUCAUCGAGGAGCUCAAGGCUCGACGCAAGAAAAGAAAGCGUGGUGACGACGAUGAAGACGGGGAAAUCGAUGAAGCACUCGCUGCACAGAGGAGAGCAGAGCGUGAAAAGGCAGCCAGGGCACGCCGGCUCAAGAUCAAAAGUGAAGCUUAUAUCCGGGACAGUGAUGAUGAAUCCGACGAGGAGAAAGACCGACUCUUCUUUGAAAGGGAAGAGCAGUUGCGGAAGAACCAGGCGGAGAAUAUUCGCAAACAGAUGGCGCUGGAUCGAGAGGACCAGGCUUCGAAGACGCAGAAGAAGCGCAAGCUGGCGGCGACGCUGCAAGAAGAGAGCGAGGACGACCUCCUCAUGCAGGAUAUCGACGAUGGACACGCCGAGACAGCUUCGAAAACGCAGGAGAAGCGCAGGGAGGUGGCACCGCGGCAAACUCGAAGAAUACAUGAGGACAGCGAUGAUGAUCUUCUCAUUCUGGACAUCGACGACGGACACGCCGAGCCAGCUUCGUCGCAGACGCUUCGAAAGUCGGAUACGGAAGCCGAGGAAGACGACGAAGAUACCCCUUUAUCCUCACAGAGUUCGGCUACAGUCAAGCCAUCAUAGAACAGCACUUUACAACACCGUCACAUGAACGAGGACAAACGCUGGAUAUGAACCCAUAUACCAUGUCAGUCUUGAUUCAACGAUCGGCUGAGAGACGGCUGUGCGAGAAACUACCUUACCGUUCGAGAGCAGCUUUUCUGGAAGUGACCGGCGAGUUUCCGUCCACACUUCGAGUUUUAGAAAUCACUACAAUAAGGAACAUGCCGUGGUGGAAUGGUUGGCAUGCCAACUUCUGCCGGUUUCCAGACCUUUUGAUCCCUCUUGUACCUCAUUCGAUUAUUCUGUACUUGAACUGCUUUAUGAUAGAUACCCCGUUGCCUGCUUUCGUUGGUCCUGAAAAAGAGGGACGGGCGUCGAAGAUAUUGAAAGGUGGAAUGGCCAAGAGCGGGCUGUGGAUGUCGUGCAUGAUCAUGACUCUGGAGAUAGCAUUAUGGAAGAUUUUACAUGGGAAGGCUGAAGUUUCCUAACCAGCCUUAGUUUCAUUGUCUAUGAUACCUAUGAGAAGAGGUGUCCAACCGCCGUUGUACCAUGACCCAACAAUCAGACUCCUACAUGUGCCCGCGCAGCAGCCCUGAAUCGUUGGUUUGGCCCACGCGAGUCAGCCUCCUUCGUAUGGGAUCGGUCGCUGGGCCGAGAUGAAGGUUAGUCAGCCGGUAGUACU